CACGGUGAUGCUAACUGCACGAAUUUCAAUCUAAAUUGAGAUAAUCAUUAUAUUCCUUAUUCUCUUUCUGCAAACAUUAGAUAGUGACACUGAGAAACAAAACGACCAGAGUUUUCAUUCUGACGGAUCUAUUACCCCACAUUUGCAGUUAGCAAAUGGAAGAAGGAUUAACGAACGGGAUCGAACCCACCCAGAGUUAACCCUUGAAGAUUUGAUGCAAGUUAUCAAAAAUGGUCACAAAGAUCUUGAUGAAAUUGAGAAAAAGCGAAGCAGACAAAUAAAUAAUAUGUUACAAAGGUUGGAUACGUUAGAAAAUCGUGCAGGCGUUGAUCCAAGAACUAAUGGAAGGCCUAUUCCAAAAAUUGAAGAAUUUGACUAUGCUCGACCACUGUCUUGUAAUGAAAUUGAAAUUGGGGCGCCAAGGAGUAACGUCAUCAUAACGCAAGACCGGUGGUACAUUGCGAAAAGCAAAGCGUCCUUUAGUGCUGCGGGAUUGUCACUACUAACGGCCGUCUUCCCUAUGCAAGAGCUUUUAAAGUGCAACCUAGAGGUGGGCCAAGUAAAAUUUCAAAAUCAGCGGAACAUCUCAGCGCACUGAAACCAAAAUUGGUGGAGGCUAUAAGAUGUAAAUAUAUAUGUCUAUGUGAAACUUUUAAUGAAGUUGGCGAUAGUAUUACGGGAAAUGUUUACAUUCAAAACUACUUUUUUAUUAUUUAGUUACCGUGCGAGGAAUGUUCAAAACGACUUAUUCUGAAAAAAUAAUGAACAUUGCUAUUAAUAACAAACUAUGCAGCUUACGACGAAAAUACAACAGAUCUUCACAUACCUUAGGCAGAGAAAGUGGAGAUUGCGACAACAUGAGAACGAAAAAUAAUAUAUUAACGAAAAGAUAUUAACGAAAAAAUAUCUUCUGAAGAAUAGAAAGCGUCCAUCUUAACUUGAAUAUUAUUGAGUAUUAUUAACUUGAGUAUUAUUUAAAACUAAUAAUUAUAUUAUAUGGGAAAUAUAUUGAUUGUCUUAGAAAUUAUAAUGGCAUUGUAUGUUUGUGUAAAGUUCUCCGUUCAGUUGAUCCUAAAAAUGUUAUUUAAAUAACAUUUAAAAAAAAUUUAUUUAUGAAUAAAAUUAUACUUUGCUCCAAGUGUAUCCAAGAUGUUAUGUUUUUUCAUUAUUGCCUAAGCUUGAAAAUUUGUG